GUAUUCGAUUGAGUGCAUCUAAGAGUUCUUCGGCAGUCAUCAUGGUAUCGAGCAAGUGGAAACGCCCUGAAUCUGUGCCCUUUCCGUCUGUUUGGCGUCGCUUUAAGGCCAAGGAUGAGGAAACUGGUGAAAUGGUGAACUAUCGAGUGCAGGAUCUGCCGGAGGAUCGCUACGAAGAAGCUGUGCAGCUGCUAGUUGAGCACUUUCUGAAAGAUGAGCCCAUCUUCAUGAUUACAGGCGCCGCUGACGAGCCCCAAUCCGUUCUCGGCUUCUCCAAUGCCUGGAGAAUCAUCCUCCAGGACAAGAUCUCUUUGGUGUGUUUCAAGGAGGAUUCUGACGAAAUUGUGGGCGUCAAUGUCCUCAAGCUCUGCUGCAAGGAAGUCGAAGACGGCAUACCCGAGGAUGCCGGAAAAGCAUGUACAGAUAUGCUGCGCGCCAUGGAUUUCGCCACCCAACAGGGUGAUCUCUACAAUCGCUACUCAGUGGAUAAAUUCUUCGCCGGAUUUGCCCUUCUGGUCGUGCCGAAAUUCCGCGCUCUUCGUCUUGCUGAGCAGAUUCUGAAGGCGCGAAUCGCUCUUGGACGCACCAUUGGAGUCUUCCUCACUUCAACAGUUUUCACGAACAAGUUUUCUCAAGCUGCUGCCGCGAGAGCGGGCUUCGAGGAAACUUUCGUGAUCAGCUACGAAACUCUGAAGGAAAGUGGACCUAAGAUCCACUUUCCGGGAGUCGAGACGGAGUUUGUUAAGCUAAUGAGCAUGAAAUUGUCUUGAUAACUUGUUGGCAUGUAGCACGCACUGUCCAGCAUGAGAAAUCAUUUAAAAAAUAUCCAUGUA